AUGGCUUUUAUUAGCAAAGAGCAACGGAUGAGCACAGACAGUGUAACUGACGAUUCUGCUUCCCACUCUGUGCUGCCCCAAUUUGAAUCAAAACAACCAUUCCCUCCUCUCUUGGCAGAUGAUCUAGCAAUCCCUUCUCAAGAUGCGCCAGAUACCAGCUUUACGGAAGACGAUCCGGACAUAGCUGAGGAGGAGGAUUACGACACGAACUUCCAGUCACAGUACUCAUUAGACGAUCAAUUGUUCUCCGAUGCAUCCACAGACGAAUCGGACGGACAAUCGCCGGAAGACGAUGGCAUCGAGAUACAUCCAUUUCGCCAUUCUACAAGCUCACUUCAUGGUCCCAAUGCAUUCGCUCCCCCUUUUUACAAUAGACCCCCGACGCCUCUGCCUCCCUCUCCUUCUUUGACAUCUCUUCUGCGACCUCCUUUCUCGACAACUACUUCCCGACCAACUACCCCUGACAGUUCUGAUGUCGAAACGCCGAACGAUACAGAAGCAGCGGUUGCGAAGUCAGCGCGUCGCGCCACAACCGUUCCUCGAGCAAGUCCGAAGGUGCCAACAUAUGAGUAUUACGGUUUCGUUCUAUAUCUCGCCUCCUCGUUGGCAUUUUUAUUGUACAUCCUGUGGUCCUAUCUUCCCAAGCCGUUUCUACACCAGCUUGGAAUAACUUACUACCCGACUCGAUGGUGGUCACUAGCGAUCCCCGCGUGGCUUGUCAUGACCAUCGUCUACAUUUACAUUGCGCUCGCCUCGUAUAAUACUGGGUAUAUGACGCUACCAAUGAACAGCGUUGAGAACAUCGUGGAUGAGGUGGCGAAUGUUGCUGUGAUAGAUGGCAAGGCCAGGAGACGACCUGGUGGUGCGGCCAAGAUGAAACCGGGUGCAACUUCAUAUCAAAUCAUGGGACCGCAGAAUAAGAAAGUCAAUUGGAAGGAAAUCUGGAGUGAGGGCACUGAUGCCGUCCUGGAUGUCCCUGUAGGAGGGGUGUGCGAAGUGCUAUACGGCCAAGGACGGGAUGAUGAUGAUGAGGUAUGCGAGGAAUAUGACUUUGUUGGUUGA